AUGACCCAAGUUGAGCAUGGACCUUGGCCUACACCAAGCACUCUACCACCAGCAUUAACUUCCACUCUCAAACCCACACCUCAGCCCGACUCGCUGUUUCUGACAGCGUUGGCCCCAGAAAUACGUCUGAUGAUUUAUGAAUACGUCUUCGGAUCCACGGACCUUCAUAUUCUCAUCCACAACCAAAAGCUAGUCACCGUGCCUUGUGCCCAUGACCCCGCUACGGGCUCUGAUGGCCACGAACACUGUAUCGACCUACCGUUCGAUCGACCACCCGGCAUGGACUGGCCCGCAGGCUCUUCUAUAGCGAAAUUAUCGCCUACUAAUAAGCGCCGCGGCCGUGCCAUACUAUCUGUUUGCUCCGCCAUAUAUUUAGAAGCGGUUGAUAUCCUUUACAGGAGGCACACUUUCCGUUUCAACGGUAUAUUUUCAUUUAUCGUAUUUCCUCGGGCGAUAAUUCCUCACCACGCCAACAUGUUACACCAUGUUCGAUUGACCUUGGCUCUCUUCGUCCACGAUGACAUGAUAAGUCUAUAUUUCAACAACGCCUUUAGCAGGAGUUGGCCAGGCUGGGAUCAGGAAUACGCGUCCGGCGACACGCCGUGGCAAUGUACCUGGAACACGAUGGGAGAGUUGAAGUCGCUGCACACUUUGGUCGUAACACUUAUUGCACAGUCUAACACCCCGCCGAACAACUUAACUUGGCAUCAGUCAUUGCCCUCCGAUUUUGAGAUUCCACUUUUCGAGCCGAUGAAACAGGUUUGUUGUCCUGAUUUCUUACUUAGGAUCAACUGGCCACAUACAGGGAUCCUCCAGGAUGAGUAUCCAUUUCGAGUUGAACAUAUUGAAAACGAGUAG